GUGCGAGGUCCAAUUGAAGGAACUGAAUUUUUGCGUCCUGCCUCGUGAGUCACGGCGACCGUUGGAGUCUGUCAGCGCUGACGAUCGCCUCUCACACGCCGGCUGCCGUGCCAACGAGCGCAACGCUCCGCUCGUCCGCUCCGUGGGUGCUGUGGCAGCCCUCGAUCGUUAGCCAACCUUUCAGCGAGUUCGGCGGAUUGGCGAGGCUCUGUUGUUGUUGUUGUUGUUAAGUCAGGGAUAGUGUCGGUAGCCCAGCGCACGAUCUGUUGCGUUUGUAUUUAUUCGUUGGAGAGCGCUGGGAGUUUUUUUUUCGUGUUCGAUUUGAACGCGAUCGUUACUCGGUAAUUUUGUUGUUGUUAAAUAUUAGAUCGGCGAUAUUUAUUUUUGUUAUCAGUAUUUUUUUUUGUUUGACGAACGUCAAUGAACGAGUCCGUCAGACUUUUUUUUCUCACUUCAAUUCAUAACGCGGGCAAUUAAUGUAUUUCUUCUGACUCUGCGUACAAUUGCAUUUCAACUCACGUAAGCGAGAGUAAAAAGUAAUAUUUUACACAUAUAAAAUCAGUGCGCUCAAGUUUUGGCCAUGCAAGGGAAGCUGCGAAUGUCCCACGUGAGGGCCAGCAUACAGCGCCGCCUCGCCUCCUCCUCAUCCUUCUCCUCGUCCUCCACCACCUCCACGUCCUCCUCGGGGGGCCGCGUGGCCCGCUUUCUCACGCGGACCGCGUCGCUGCGAGGCCGCGACGAGAAGCCUGACGAUGACAGCGGUGACGGCGGCGGCGGCGGCGCCGCGGCCACGCGAGUCUCCGUGCAGCGGUCUCACAGCCUCAACCACAACGGGGCCAAGGGGGCUCCGCGCAGACGCAGAGUGCCAACAGACCUGACCCCCGAGGAGCAGCUGGAGCUGAGCAGUGUUCGCCGCCGCAAGCAGGAGAUACUCGCCGAGAUCGAGCGACUAAAGAAUGAGAUAGCGGACGUGAUGAAUGAGAUGGAGACCAUUGAAUUCAUGGAUGGAAGUAAAACCAUGCAGCGCAACAAGCAGAUGACAGCCGGUCGCAAGAAGUUCAACAUGGACCCGAAAAAGGGCAUUCGCUACCUGGUGGAGAACGAUCUGCUCAAGAGCUCACCGGAAGACAUCGCUCAGUUCCUCUACAAGGGCGAAGGGCUGAACAAGACGGCCAUCGGCGACUACCUGGGAGAGAGGGACGAGUUCAACCUGAAGGUGCUGCAGGCCUUUGUCGACCUCCACGAGUUCACGAACCUCAAUCUGGUGCAAGCUCUCAGGCAGUUCCUGUGGAGCUUCCGUCUGCCGGGCGAGGCCCAGAAGAUCGACCGCAUGAUGGAGGCGUUUGCGGCGCGCUACUGCCAGUGUAACCCUGGGGUGUUCCAGUCCACCGACGCGUGCUACGUCCUCUCCUUCGCCAUCAUCAUGCUCAACACGAGCCUGCACAACCCCAACGUGCGCGACAAGCUCACCGUGGAGCGCUUCGUCACCAUGAACCGCGGGAUCAACGACGGGGGCGACCUGCCGGAGGAGCUGCUCCGGAACCUGUACGAAAGCAUCAAGAACGAGCCGUUCAAGAUCCCCGAGGACGACGGGAACGACCUGACACACACCUUCUUCAACCCCGACCGCGAGGGCUGGCUCCUCAAGCUGGGGGGCCGAGUAAAAACGUGGAAGCGGCGGUGGUUCAUCCUCACCGACAACUGCCUCUACUACUUUGAGUACACCACGGACAAGGAACCUCGUGGGAUCAUCCCUUUGGAAAACCUGAGCAUUCGGGAGGUGGACGAUCCCAAGAAGCCGAACUGCUUUGAGCUGUACAACGACGGCGGUGGCCUGGUGAAGGCGUGCAAGACGGAGGCGGACGGCCGGGUGGUGGAGGGCAACCACGUGGUCUACCGUAUAUCCGCUCCGGCGCCAGAGGAGCGUGACGAGUGGAUCAAGAGCAUCAAGGCGAGCAUCAGCAAAGACCCCUUCUACGAGAUGCUGGCGGCAAGGAAAAAGAGGGUGGCCAGCAAGAAGUCGAGCUAAGAUGCGCCGCGUCGAGCCACGGACCGGUGGUUGGGGGGGGGGGGGGCGUGGGGGGGGGGGAGUG